AUAAGUUCCAUAUCUUAGUUACGGUAGAUUUUGUAUGAAUUUUGAUGUUAGAUUUGAAGUUGGCGGGGAAGGUGAGGAGGCGGCCGAGCUGCCAGCUCCACCAGACACAAGUAUGGCGGCGACAAGACGGCUGCAGAAGGAGUUGGCGGAUAUCCGUAAGUCUGGGAUCAAAUCCUUCAGGGACAUACAGGUGGAUGAGAGCAACAUACUAACAUGGCAAGGACUAAUAGUACCAGAAAAUCCUCCCUACAAUAAAGGUGCAUUUAGGAUUGAAGUGAACUUCCCAGCAGAAUAUCCAUUCAAGCCUCCCAAAAUCAAUUUUAAGACGAAGAUAUACCAUCCUAAUGUGGACGAAAAAGGCCAGGUGUGUCUCCCCAUAAUUAGUGCUGAAAACUGGAAGCCUGCAACGAAAACAGACCAGGUGAUUGAGGCUCUUAUCAACCUUGUCAAUGAGCCUGAACCUGAACACCCUCUUCGUGCUGAUUUGGCCGAGGACUACACGAAAGACCGUAAGAAAUUUAUGAAAAAUGCCGAGGAAUUCACCAAGAAGAAUUCAGAAAAGAGGCCAGCAGACUAACUGCUCUAUAUGUGUAUAGUCUGUGAUAUAGAAUGGCACUUUGCAAGCAGACAUUUUACAUAAAUAUAACUGUCCUGCUUUAAAAUUUUACCGGCCAGAUAAAAGUGACUUUUUAAUUUUUGCCUUGUUGUAUCGCCUUGGUCAUAGUUCAGUACUUACACAAUGGUAGUUUUGGCAGUGUAUAAUUUUAAGAAUUUAUCCUGAAUUUCUUUUAAUUGAUUUUGUAAAUUCUCUAUAGUACAGUGAUGCAAAAUUGGUAAACAAAUUUUUUUUUAUACUUUAAAGAUUAUUUAAUAUUUUGUGUAUGUAGUUUGUAUUUAUCUUAACUGUUUCAUAGUGGAAGAAAUUGUUACCUCCCCAGAUGUUUAUUAUACCCACAAGUUGGUGGUGUCUCAUUGUGGAGUUGAUAGUUUAGUGUUUACAGUAACUGAGGACAUGUGGAAUUGGUAUACCUUGAUUGCAGGUGCGUUACAAUACAAAUACAAAAAUUUAAAAGAUUAUUAUUAUUUUUUUAUUAUUAUUAUUACCAAAAGCUAAGGUUCAGUCAGAUGCCAUGCUUAGUAUAUUUUCGAUGAAUUUAAAUGCAUACCUAAAUUAGUCUGCCUGCCAAGUGCCCAUACAUUCUUAGGACUAUGUUAUUCUUAAGUCGUGCUGUCUCUUUAGUGAUUUUUUUAAAUCACUUGGGUAGACUUGAAUUUUGUUUACAUAUUUUAGCAACAAAGAACUUGUGUAAAAUUGAAGAAAAUCCUAUGGUAAAUGUAUAAAUGCUACAUCUUAUCUUCACACCAUCUCUCCACAAGGCCUAGUUUCCUUGGGAUAUGUGAGCUUUUCCUUUAGAUUUCAAUAGAAUCGCAGGUUGUACCAUAGCUUCUAAUAUAACUUGUGGUUGGUCUCGACAAUUCAUACGUAAAGUGCUUUGAUUAUGGUCACACCAGUUCUGCUGGGUUAAUAUAUGGGAUCGAUGUUCAAUAUGAGGAGACAUGUGGCACUUUGUAAGACUGCCAUACAUGUAGGAAAAUAUAAAGUACUAUAAUAACUUAGAGCUGUAUCAAGAAUUUAGGUAUAAUGAAGUUUUAAUAAAUGGCUCAAUUAGUUUAAUUAUGGCAUGAUAAUUUUGUUAUAUUGAGACGAGUUGGGUAUAAUAAAAUGGAAUAAAUAUGGUUUUGUUAAGUUUAUUUAAUGAGGGAUUUGUUACUGUAUCUUGAUGGCAGUAAGACAAACUGUUAAUAACGGUCCCCUUUCGAGAAAUGCUUAUAUUCUCGCGUAAUGGUAAUCCUCAUGCACACGAGUCGGGUAGGCUAUAACCAGUCAAGUUAGUCAGAAUAUAUCGUAAAUGCAAAAAUUCCGUGAUGCUUAAUAUGUAUGCUCUUAAGUCUUCUGCAUAGACUGGAUAUUUUUUAUAUACAAUAGUAAGGAUCCUUAAAAUCUUAAGGAUUUUUCCAGAAAACUGCCAGCUGUGAAAAAUGUUAUUUCCCAUCUUGAAGUGUUGUAGACAAUUUUUUUUAUGUAAAUCUUCCCAUAAUUGCAAGACAUGUUAAUGGAUGUGAUGACUGUUGAUAUGCUUUGUGAUAAGCAUGGUGAUUUUUGUCCCCAGACAAUUAUGGUAAUACACAUUUAUUGCAGGUUACAAUCUUGGUGUGGGAUCCUGCUAGCAUUUGUUAAGGAGGAAGCCAUAUUGGCUGUGCUUAAGGUCUGUUUGUGAAAGCAUUAAUUGUAAUAGUUUGAGAGACAAUAUGUACGAGAACUGUUUGAAGAGAGUUCAGAGCCAUUGUUGAGAUUUUUUGUUAAGUCUUGGGAUUUAUAACUUUAAACAAAAAAUAUUUAAGGUAAUUAUUGCAUCUGAGCAAUAAGCAAAAAAUUUCUUGCACAAUUUGAUAAAAAUUAUCCAAUCCUUGUAAAAUGUUAAUGUAUAUUGAUUUACUGUACUGUACUGUGUCCAAGUAAGAGCUGUGAGCCUUGUGUGUUUGUUUUUCAUGGAAGCAGAUUACCAUUUUAUUUAUUAUGGGACUCAAUUAUCUAUACAUACAGUAUUUGCCAAGUUUCUUUGUCUUUUUAGCAUAAUUGUUGCACGAAAUUUUAAUUGUACUGCGCCCUUUGUUCUUAAUGCAAACUUGACAUUCAUGUGUUUUGAUGUGAAAUAAGAUAUUUAUAAGCAUUAUUAUUACAUAGCACAUUAAAAUCUGAAUGCAAUGUUUAUUAUAUAUGUUAAAAUGCAUUAGAAUUUAAAUUACAGCCAUGGGCAGUUUUCAUUGGUAGGAUAAGUAGGAUGUAAUGUUCAUUUCCAAAAAUGAAAAUAAGAAAUGUAUUGAAAUUGUGACUGUUCCAUGUGAUUGUCCAGUAAUAUAAACACAAGGCAACAAUACUGUACCACCAAAUGAAGAUAAGUGUGUAUCGGAUGUAGAAAACCUGUCCACUCGUUCGGCUUGCCAAUUUUUACACAUUUUGUUGUAUUACUCUAGCUAAAAUUACAAUACUGUACAUCAAAUUUU